UCGCCCGGGACGACGAACCGCGGACGAGCCGAGUGCGGGAAACCCGGUCGCGUUUCACACAGUACGGCCGACCGAUCCACACCGAGCGUAUAUACCGUGGCGUCCGUACAAACGAGGGGGCACACAAUCGCGGGGUAAAAGAAAGGGAGGUGGGGGAGGGUGUGGCCCGAUUCAACGCAGGCAGACCGCUUCGUGACCUUGGUGCGCGCGACACUUGACGUCUUCUUCUGGGAGUAAUAAAGAAAAAUUUAAUCAGUCGUCCGAUUAACGGGUCGGGUAUACGCACACGGGAUAGGUGGUAUACGGUGAAACCCCCCGCGCGCGCGAGACCGCCUGCCAAAUUAGACCGUAACUCGGCCGCCUCGUUCCGUCGCUUGCACAUUCGCGAGUAUUCCAACUGCGAGAUAAUGUGAUAUCACACAGUGCUACAGAAGACGGAGCAAGAGAGAGAGAGAGUAAGGAAAAUCGGUGGAUGCACAACAAGAGCGCAAGCACGGGGAGGUUGCAACGAGAGGGUUGCAACGACGGGUAACGCGGGAGUAUGCGCGAGUCCUGGUAGCACCGGCUGCUGCUGCUGCAAAGAGGAUGAACGGGACGACGACGGAGGUUUAUUAAAGUGGAGGAGCGCCGAGAGAAAGAGGUGCGCCGCGGGUGUUCCAUGAGAUGUCAGUGGACCCGUCGUCGGGGACAGUUACGCCGUCGUCGUCGUCGUCGCCGUUGUUGUUGUCGUCGUGAUCACCAUGAGGAGGUCCUCCUACGUCAACUACUACGUCCUGUGCCUCGUGUGCUGGAUCCUACUAGGCAUUACCGGGGUAAGUACGAGAUCUCAUUCGCUGGUGAAGAGAUUCGACGGGAUUUACACGGGGCCUUACUUCGACUCGAACACUCCAACGAAUAUCACGGCGCAGUUGGGCACUCAUGCUUAUCUACCGUGCAAAGUGCGGCAGCUUGGUAACAAAUCAGUCUCCUGGAUCAGAAGAAGAGACUCGCAUAUCCUCUCGGUGGAUAGAACCAUGUUCAUCCCGGACGAAAGGUUCCAGGCGAUUUUCGGGGAGGCGGACACGUGGACGCUGCAGGUGAAAUACGUCCAGGCGCGCGACGAAGGCGAGUACGAGUGCCAAAUCUCGACCGACCCGAAGAAGAGUCACAUCAUCAAGCUCAACAUCGUCGUGCCAAAGAUCGAGAUCUUGGGGGACCGUGACAUGUACGUGAAGACCGGAAGUACAGUCGCAAUACGAUGCGUGAUAAAGCAGUCCCUCGAGGGCCCGUUCUACGUCUUCUGGUACCACGAGGGCGAUCGCGUGCUGAACUUUCAGCUGGGCAAGAUCGACAUCCAGACGAAGAGGCUCGAUCAGGACACGGUGAGCAGCCUCGUGAUCCACAACGCGAGACGGGAGGACUCGGGUAACUAUACUUGCAGCCCGAGUAACUUGGAUAGCGCGAGCGUGCAGCUGCAUGUGCUAAACGGGGAACACCCCGCGGCGAUACAGAGGGGCAUCAGUUCAGCGCCGGGCGGCUGUCCUACUUUGUGGUGGCUGGCGGGAGUGGUGACACUGUACUCGAGUCACGGCAGCCGCCUAUUCGUCCUCGUUCUUCUGAUCCUUAUGGUUCUCUACUCGAAAAAUCCAUCUUACUUUGCGACGGAACGAUAAUCAGGCAAGACCGCAAGGAUGGUAUACGCGUAUAAUCGAUUAUCUCCUGCUACGAGACCCCGACUACCUCGAGAGAAGAGAUCCUCGACGUUGCGGACCGAUUUUCAGAGAUCAAGGACAAAAAGGGCGAGGAUGAGAAGAUUAGGAAGAUAAAGGGUAAUAUGAUAGAAAAGAGAGCGAGCGAGCGAGCGAGCGAGAGAGAGAGAGAGAGAGAGAGAAGAUAAAGAUCGGAGAAGAGAACGAUGAUCCCGGAGGUAGUAUGUUUUUUCUCCGUACGCGUGAAGUAAGAGUUAGAAGUUCAUCUCGAUUAUCGAGACACACAGUGAUCCGGCCGUUAGAAAUUAGGAAUUAGUUUAUUAUAUGAAUUCUUGUUAAAUUGCUGCGAGAAGCUAUACGUGCUGGAGAAGCUACGAAAUUUUUGACGUUGUCGAAAAUAUAUAAAUUAGGUCGAGCUUGAACAACGGGUAGUCCGUGAACGUUUUGAAAAACCUGUCAGUUGAGAACUCGGGGCAAAUUGUCAAUUUUAUUUGUUAGAACUAAUUCAUUUAGUUACGUCCAUUAGAAAUUUUAUCGAAACAAAACAACGCGUCUUGUUACUAUAUUGUCAAAGCAGAGAUAUUUUUACUAUUACUUACUAUUACUUGUUACUAUUGACUAGCAGAGAUAUUUUUGAGUGUUUUUUGCUUCUCCAAAAGACACGUUUCACAUUUCCAUUUUACAUUUGCAGAAUUGUCUCACGUAUUUCCCGUCUGUUUAGCCCGACAAGGUAGAAAGUUACGAAAUCUCAAAAAAGGAGCGCCCAAAAAACGAUCGCGACCGCGAGAUCCUAUCGCGAGGGCGUUGAGUGGUUUCGUAGCACCCGUUACAGGAACAAGAAAGCGAUAACGUGACGAGAAAUAUAUAGAAGGAAGAGAAACGACGGUAGAGGAGAGUGAAAGAGAGGAGAGAAAGAGAGAGAGAGAGAGACUGAGAGAAGGAGCAAUAGUGAAAGAGAAACGUCGUUGAGCGUUGGCGUGGAAAAAGAACCGUCACGAGACUGGGGAAAAAGCAAGAAAAAAAAACUUCGUCCGCGCCGCUCGAAACAGAAUUGAAACUUGUUCGAUGAAUUUUCGAAAUGCGAUGUAAUUAAUUAUAUUCGAUAGCGAAACCAAUUACAAACAAAAGAGCGUGUCUAUACUUGACGUCUACCGCGUGAUCUGGGAUCGUCCUGAGACCGAGCGAUCUCGGCCAUCGUCUCUUAGACGAUUUGUCGAUACGCGCCGAUAAAGCGGAUUUAGAGAGUCUUCGUUUAAGUUAUCCGUCAGCGUUCCAAGACAUCGUAAUGAAAGAGCAACGAGAGAUGGGGAAAGAGACGCGAGUCAACGCGACCCUGUUGAGAGAAAAAAAAUGUCAUAUCGCUAUUAAUAACACGGCGAUCAGUAUUAUUCGAUCCGGGGGGGGGGGGGGAGAAUUCAUAUCAAGCGAACGUGAUUUUGCCCAUAUCAAAAACUCAUAGUCCACGAUGUUCUGAUAUUCCCAGCACCAAAUUCGAAACGAGCAGUCGGAAUCAAUCAUUAAAUUUACACGGAUAAUUUUUGUCCGUGUUAAGCUCUCAUCGAUCGCCGCGCGAGUAAACUCGGGGUGUCGCGACAUGGAAUUCACUCUGGAAUGGAAUUGUAUCACUGCCUCUAUAAAUACUUGACCGUUGUCAGUGGCGACAGGUGUCUCGAGACGAUCCGCCGAUGAAGAUUUUUGGUAAUUAAAGCGCAUUGAGUAUACACACGUCGAUCAAAAUAUUAUAUCAUACGUCCGCGCAUGCACAGGCUGACUACGUCACCGCGACGCGGGCCGUACCGACCGCAUUUUCCUGACUGACCGCUCCUCUACGAGACUGCGGAAAUAUCGCGGGUUUCUUUUUUAUAGAAAAAAAAAAAAAUCGAAGAGCCCUUUGGAGAAAAUUUGUAUGUACACUCGUUUGCUCGAGAAAUUAAAUACUGCCAUUUUUCAUUCUUUGGAAGUUCUUCGAAAUAUCACGAGCGUUUCUAUUGGACGUUUAUUCACGUUGGAGGACUAUGUUAGACGAGAGGGGACAUUUGUUUUAUAUAAAAUUUACAUAAACGUACGUAUAGUAUAAAUUUCACGUGUAUUCUAAAUCCCAUAUUCCAGAUCCUCCUAACGGAUGGACUUCUUUUUCCUUACGAGUCAUCUCAUCGUUAACAAUAGGCGAGAUAUCUUUUACAAAUACUUUUUGAUAUAACGCGUACUUCCACGGCGGUCCUGGCCCGCGGCGUGCCGCCUCUGAGCAUGACCGGUUGUAUAAUUUUAGCGGAUGAGCGUACGGCUUUCCGGCGGGGCGCCCGCGCGCCCCCCCGCGAAUUUGCUUUCUUCUUCGCAAAUACUAGUGGGGAGGGGUGGGAAUACUGUUUUUUAUAAU